UCUUGCUCCACUCUGCCUUUUCGUUCUACAUGCCAUUUCUUCAGACUAGGACUCUCUUAAUUCCAUCCCCCAUACUCACCACCAACUUUGCCCUCCUAACACUUCCUAAUUCAGUUCAAACCUCAGUUCUUCGAUUCACUGACUCCCACAGAAAUGUCAAAUUUGUUACAUAUCCAUUCCUGUUUUUAUUUCACAUAUUUAUUUCCUAAUAUGAUGAAUACCCAUCAACAUCCACUUUGACCCAAGAGCGGGAACAUGUAUGUUUAUUUUUUGUUUCUUUCUUUUGCUAGACUGUACCCUCUACGAAAGCAGGAACUUCUCUAGUUUGCUCACUCUUACACCCACAGCUCCUAGAACAGUGCCUGGCACAUUGAACUCGGUAAACAAAUGUUAUUGAAUGAAUGAGUGAUUGAAGGAGAGAAAUCACCAAAAGCUGCAACAGACAAAUCUAAAAUAAUCUAAGAUCAAGCUAGUUCUUCAUGAAAAAGUGAAACAAGCCCAGUAAACUGAAGCAGCUUCUCCAAGAUCACAAAGGUAGUUUGUGGCAAAACUGGAGUUCCUUAUUCACCAGAAUCUGUGAUAAACCGUACAUCGUGCUCUGAUUUUUUGCAGCCUUAAAUGCUUUAGAGACAACUCAUAUUGUUGUAACACAUUCUGAUCUAGUUGGGCUUUCUUCACGUUAAAAGGGACCAAUCCCGGUAUGCAAUGCAAACGAUGAGUUAACAGUCGCUUAGAAACCCAUAUCCCAGCAUGCCUUGCUCCCGAGCAACCUCAGAAGUGGGUAUGAGAGACACCACUGCCUUCUGGGAGUUGUAGUCUUACCGGACUGGCCCGCCUAUUAUGCAGCUUCGGCGGCCUACGUUUGGAGGAAACCGUACUGGGUGGCUUAGGGCGGCCGUAGCCCUAGAGAGCGGUGCCGCCCAACAACCUUUGCCUUCGGCCGGGGGGCCAGCUCCGCCUCUUCUCGUAUCUUUCCCAUAGCCCAAAAUGGCGGCGGAGGUGGAUUUCGGCGACCUAGAGCUGUUCGAGGCGUUUGACCACCUAGAGGAGUCGACUCCGAAGCCAGUUCACACCCUCUUCAAGGACGACGACGGCGACGAGGAGGACGAGAAUGGGGUCGGCGACGCGGAGCUGCGGGAGCGGCUUCGGCAGUACGAGGAAGCCAUCGAGCAGCUCCGCGCCGAGAAUCAAGAACUUAAAAGAAAAUUGAACAUUCUGACUCGACCAAGUGGAAUAUUGGUGAACAAUACUAAAUUAGAUGGACCUUUAUUUCAGAUUCUAUUUAUGAACAAUGUUAUUUCAAAGCAAUAUCAUCAAGAAAUAGAGGAAUUUGUAUCAAAUUUAGUAAAAAGAUUUGAGGAACAGCAGAAAAAUGAUGUGGAAAAGACUUCCUUUAAUCUUUUGCCCCAGCCUUCCAGUGUUAUGCUAGAAGAGGACCAUAAAGUAGAAGAAUCCAGUGCUGUUAACAAUAAGGAAGCUUUUAGUGUUGUAGGAAGUGUCCUGUAUUUUACUAAUUUUUGCCUUGAUAAAUUGGGGCAACCGCUACUAAAUGAAAACCCUCAGCUUACGGAAGGAUGGGAAAUACCCAAGUACCAGCAAGUCUUCAGCCACAUUGUUUCUCUAGAAGGGCAAGAAAUACAAGUAAAGGCAAAAAGGCCAAAGCCUCACUGUUUCAAUUGUGGUUCUGAAGAGCAUCAAAUGAAAGAUUGCCCAAUGCCUCGGAAUGCUGCUCGAAUAAGUGAGAAGAGAAAAGAGUAUAUGGAUGCCUGUGGUGAGACAAGCAAUCAGAAUUUUCAGCAGCGAUACCAUGCAGAAGAAGUAGAAGAAAGAUUUGGAAGAUUCAAGCCAGGAGUUAUUAGUGAGGAACUUCAAGAUGCACUGGGUGUGACGGACAAGAGUCUUCCGCCUUUUAUAUAUCGAAUGCGCCAGCUAGGAUACCCACCAGGCUGGCUCAAAGAGGCCGAACUUGAGACCUCAGGGCUUGCACUCUAUGAUGGAAAAGAUGGUGCUGAUGGAGAAACAGAAGCUGGAGAAGUACAACAAAAUAAAAGUGUCACUUACGAUCUCUCGAAAUUGGUAAACUAUCCAGGUUUUAAUAUAUCUACUCCCAGAGGAAUUCCAGAUGAAUGGAGGAUGUUUGGUUCCAUACCAAUGCAGGCAUGUCAGCAGAAAGACGUGUUUGCCAAUUACCUAACUUCUAACUUCCAAGCGCCGAGCGUGAGGUCCAGCAGCAAGAGGUCUUCGUCUCUGCCCAGCCCUAGUAGCCCAAAGAAGCAGAAGAAGGAAGGCGGCUCGGCAGCCUCGCCCGCCGACAUGGAGCUUGACUCGGAUGCAGAGGCCCCGCACGGGUCCCCGAGCCGCGAAGCUUUUCAGUUUCAGCCCCCGCUGCCCCCUGGCACGCCUCCGCUCCCCCGGAGCACCCCUCCGCCCAUCUUCACGCCUCCGCUCCCCAAGGGCACCCCACCGCUCACUCCCAGUGACUCACCCCAGACCAGAACGGCAUCUGUGACUAUGGACGAGGACGCACUGACUCUGGAGGAACUUGAAGAACAGCAGAGGCGGAUCUGGGCGGCCCUCGAGCAGGCCGAGAGCGUAAACAGCGAUUCUGAUAUUCCUGUUGACACACCUUUAACCGGGAGUUCGGUUGCCUCUUCACCUUGUCCGAAUGAGCCUGACCUCCCUGUCCCAGAGGGAAAAACAUCUGAAAAGCAGAUGUCAGAUGAGGCUGAGGUACCAGACACCUGUACAGAGAAAUCAGAAGCUGAACAAACCUCGAGUCCAGAUUCUGAGGCUGCCUUGCCUGGCCAGAAGGAAGAGGAAGAGCCGGCUGAGGUAGACCCUAAAGGUGCUCUUGACAGUGGCAGGGUCGAGUCAAACUGUGAGGUCAAGGAUGGAGGCAGCAGCCAGAAGCUCCUUCAAACGGACCCCAGUCCUGGAACAGCCACUAAAAUCCAUAGCCCUAUCCCUGACAUGAGCAAGUUUGCAACCGGAAUAACGCCAUUUGAAUUCGAGAACAUGGCAGAAUCUACUGGAAAGUACCUCAGGAUAAGAAACUUGUUAAAGAACUCGCCCCGAAACCAGCAAAAAAACAAGAAGGCUUCUGAAUAGCUACUUUUGACAUAGCACCAAGAGCUAUUUAAUUAUAACUGUGCAUUCUGGUAAUUAGUACUAAGUUGACAGGUAAAAUUAUUUUCCUGUUUGUCCCUCCCAUGUUAAAAGAAGUCUAUCUAAGGCUUAAUUGUGGUCUGAAGUCAGGCCUCUUUUAAAGAACAGAAAGACUGAGCUUGCUGGUUUACUAUAUUUUAUUCUCGCUGAUAAAACCUUGGUGGGGGGGAACGUGGGUAGGAGCUGGUUUAGAGAUAGUCUGUUAAGGUUUAUACUAUUUUUGCAUUGUGUCUGUCAAGAGUGAUGGUUUUUAUCUGUCUUUUGUACAUUGUUUUCCCUUUCUACAUUUUGCUAAUUAUCCUGUAUGUAAGUUUAAUAUUAUCACUUUUUAAAAGGAAAAAUUCUAACCAUUUAAAGUUCAUAUUUCAACUCUGUCAACCAAAUGAGAAAAAUCAGGGAUGAGCAGCUUUAUCCCAUUUCGGGUAUUUUUGUAAGUGAUUUACAUGCAUCAGUUUUAAUAACACUUUUACUUUUUUGUAACUUCAUUCUUCAUAUAAGCUUGCUAUACAGGUAUGUCCAUCUUUGUGUACAAAGGUUUAAUAAAUCAGUUUUCAUAUA